CUAGUACCCCCGGGGGCGCAAAGAAUACCGCAACGACUUUGCUUCCUCCUCCAGAGGCCUGGCUUCCCCGCGUGGAUUACCCCCAUAUUCUUUCCCACUUCCUCUCAAUGUUCUCUCCAUAUAUUUGGAAAUAUGAUCAGCGCCCCUGACGUGGUCGCCUUCACCAAAGAAGACGAGUACGAGGAGGAGCCUUACAAUGAGCCGGCCCUGCCCGAGGAGUACUCGGUGCCUCUCUUCCCCUUUGCCAGCCAAGGAGCUAACCCAUGGUCCAAACUGUCUGGGGCCAAGUUCUCUCGAGAUUUCAUCCUUAUUUCCGAGUUCUCCGAGCAGGUGGGACCCCAACCCUUGCUGACCAUCCCCAAUGACACCAAAGUUUUCGGUACUUUUGAUCUCAAUUACUUCUCCUUGCGGAUCAUGUCUGUGGAUUACCAGGCCUCCUUUGUGGGCCAUCCCCCUGGGUCUGCCUACCCCAAACUGAACUUCGUGGAGGACUCCAAGGUGGUGCUGGGAGACUCCAAGGAAGGAGCCUUUGCAUAUGUGCACCACCUUACCCUGUAUGACCUGGAGGCCCGUGGCUUCGUGAGGCCAUUUUGCAUGGCUUAUAUCUCGGCAGAUCAGCACAAAAUCAUGCAGCAGUUCCAGGAGCUUUCAGCUGAAUUUUCUAAAGCUUCUGAGUGCUUGAAGACAGGCAACAGGAAGGCAUUUGCUGGGGAACUUGAAAAAAAACUGAAAGACUUGGAUUACACCAGGACAGUGCUGCACACCGAAACAGAGAUCCAGAAGAAAGCCAAUGACAAAGGCUUUUACUCAUCUCAGGCAAUUGAGAAAGCCAAUGAACUGGCCAGUGUAGAGAAGUCCAUCAUUGAACAUCAAGACCUGCUGAAGCAGAUCCGCUCAUACCCUCAUCGGAAGUUGAAGGGGUCUAACUUGUGUUCUGGGGAGAUGGAGCAUAUUCAGGAUCAGCGGGACCAGGCAGCCACUACCUCUAACCCUGAUGAGUCUGCUGACACAGACCUUUACACCUGCAGACCUGCCUACACCCCAAAACUCAUCAAAGCAAAGUCCACCAAAUGUUUCGACAAGAAGUUGAAGACCUUGGAAGAGCUCUGUGACACUGAGUAUUUCACCCAGACCCUGGCUCAACUCAGCCACAUUGAGCACAUGUUCAGAGGAGACCUGUGCUACCUCCUGACCAGCCAGAUUGACAGAGCACUACUAAAGCAACAGCAUAUAGCAAACUUCCUCUUUGAAGAUUUUGUGGAGCUCAAUGACAGGGUGGUAGAGAAACAAGAGAGCGCACCCUCUAAGGCCAGUCAAGACAGGCCACCUUCCAGGUCUCUAGAAGAAUGUCCGAUUCCUCAAGUGUUAAUCAGCAUUGGCUCUUACAAGUCCAGUGUGGAGUCUGUGCUGAUCAAGAUGGAGCAGGAAGUUGGAGAUGAGGAGUACAAGGAAGUGGAGGUGACAGAACCGAGCAGUUUUGACCCCCAGGAAAGCUUGGACUACCUGGAUAUGGAUAUGAAAGGGAGUAUCAGCAGUGGUGAAAGCAUUGAGGUUUUAGGCACAGAGAAGUCCACCUCUGUGCUGUCUAAGUCUGACAGCCAGGCCAGCCUCACGGUGCCAUUAAGCCCGCAGGUGGUCCGGAGCAAAGCCGUCAGCCACAGGACCAUCAGUGAGGACAGUAUUGAAGUCCUCAGCACCUGCCCCUCUGAGGCCCUCAUCCCUGAUGACUUUAAGGCCAGUUACCCAAGUGCCAUUAAUGAAGAAGAAUCAUAUGCAGGUGAAGGUGAGGGAGCCAUCCGCUUCCAGGCAAGCCUCAGCCCGCCAGAGCCGGGUGAGGCAGAGGAGGGCAGCUUGGAAAACACCCCGUCACAGACAGACUCCUGCUGCAUUGGGAAGGAGAGUGACAGUCUGCGAGGGCAGCUCUCCACUCCAAUCCACACACACUCUGACGAGGACGGAGUAGUGAGCAGCCCCCCGCAGCGCUACAGGCAGAAGGACCAGGGGUUCCAUGUGGACUUUGCAGCAGAAAACGCCAGCCCUUCUUCCCGAGACAUCAGUUCCGAAGGCUUCCCUGCUUAUGAGCUCGACCCAAGCUGCCUGCUGGCUAGCCGGGAUGUUAGUAAGACCAGCCUAGACAACUACUCAGACACUACCAGCUACGUGAGCAGUGUAGCCUCUACCAGCUUGGACAGGACUCCCUCCUCUGCUCAUCCUGCCAGUCCCUCUUCUGAGAGGCAUAAAAAGAGAGCUGGCCAGAACGCCUUAAAAUUCAUCCGUCAGUACCCCUUUGCCCACCCAGCCAUCUACUCCCUGCUUAGUGGGAGGACGCUCGUGGUCCUCGGGGAGGACGAGGCCAAAGUCAGGAAGCUUGUGACAGCAUUGUCCAUCUUUGUCCCCAACUACAGUGGCUCUGUGAAACCCGUGAGGCAUUGGGUCUCCUCUCCUUUGCACAUUAUGGAUUUUCAGAAGUGGAAGCUUAUUGGCCUGCAGAGAGUGGCAUCCCCUGCUAAUGCUGGCACCCUCCACGCCCUGAGCCGCUACAGCCGCUACACAAGCAUCCUGGACCUAGACAACAAAACCCUGCGCUGCCCCCUCUACAGAGGUGCCCUUGUGCCCCGGCUGGCCGACCACCGCACUCAGAUCAAGCGGGGCAGCACCUACUACCUGCAUGUCCAGAGCAUGCUCACCCAGCUCUGCUCCAAGGCCUUCCUCUACACCUUCUGCCACCACCUCCAUCUGCCUGCCCAUGACAAGGAGACAGAGGAAAUGGUUGCCAGCCGCCAGGCAAGCUUCUUGAAGCUGACCCUGGGUCUGGUGAAUGAAGACGUCAAGGUGGUCCAGUACCUGGCUGAGCUGUUGAAGCUGCACUAUAUGCAGGAGUCUCCUGGGACCAGCCACCCCACGCUCAGGUUUGACUAUGUCCCCAGCUUUUUGUACAAAAUCUGAGGUCAGUCCCAG